AUGUCGACUGCUAUUGUCGUUGGAGCCACAGGGAUUCUGGGCCGAGAGAUUGUUCAUCAGCUUGGCCAGAACCCCCAAAAAUGGAGCAGGGUCUAUUCUCUUUCACGUUCUCAAAAAGAAGAGUUCCCUUCCAAUGUUGAACAUAGACACAUUGACCUCACUGGGAACGCCGAUGAGGUAGCCAAGAACCUUCAAGGUAUCACGGCUGAAUAUGUCUUUUUUGCCGCUUACCUCCAGAAGGCAGAUGAACAGAAGAAUUGGGACGUCAAUGGUGAUAUGCUACAGGCGUUUCUAGAUGCCCUCGUUAAGAGUGGUAUUGACGAAAAGCUCAAGAGAUUCCUGCUUGUUACGGGUGCGAAGCAAUAUGGCGUUCAUUUAGGACCCGUCAAGAAUCCCAUGCUCGAGUCUGAUCCUUGGCAAACCGACCAGUCAGCGUUUCCGCCCAACUUCUACUACCGUCAGCAGGAUAUUCUGAAGAAGUUUUGCGACCAGUCAAAUGGCCGUAUAAGCUGGAAUGUCACUUAUCCUAACGACGUUAUUGGCUAUGCACGAGGAAACUUCAUGAACCUAGCUACGGCAGUUGGCAUUUAUGCGGCAACCAGCAAAGAGCUUGGUAAAGAUCUUAUCUUCCCUGGUUCGGAGAGGUUCUACACUGGGUUCGAUUGUUUCACAAGCGCCGACCUUCAUGCAAGGUUUUGUGAGUGGGCCGUGCUUGAACCUUCGGCUGCCAAUGAGGCUUUCAACGUCGUCAAUGGUGAUGUUGAGAGCUGGCAGAAUCUAUGGCCCAAAGUCGCAGAACUAUUUGGUAUGAGGGUGGAUGUCUCGCAAUUUCAAAAGUCACAUCCGCUGAGCUCAUCCACUGAUUUAAAUCCUAUCACUCCACUCAGCUUGCAUGAGGAGAGAUCCGGACUCAAGGGUGUCACCAGACCAGGCAAGAUGGAGCAGACGAUCGAUUUAACGAAAUGGAGCCAGCAGGAUGAGGUAAAGGAAGCUUGGAAGAAACUUGCUAAGCGGGAGGGCUUGGAUGAAAAGGCAUUGGAAGAGGCUACGUGGGGAUUCCUAGGUUUUGUGCUGGGUAGGAAUUAUGAUCUAGUGAUCAGUAUGAGCAAAGCGCGAAAGCUUGGUUGGACUGGAUAUGAGGAUAGUUGGGAGGCCCUGAGCAAGGUUUUUGGUACCCUGAAAGAUGCCAAAGUUCUUCCCUGA